AUGUGUGAUUCCCUUCCCGAAGGAAAAUCCACCUUGUCACGUUAUCCCUUGAAGGAAGCGGAACCAGUCUCCGAUUCCCAUGAUCUAGAAAGUACUGAAGGUACGUCCAGUGAUAUAAGUGGGAAGCUAUCGCCAGAACAAAUUCAUGAAUCACUUUCUACAUUCAAUCACAAUCCAGAGGGGCGGCUUGUGUACACAAAAAUCUCUUUAGUUAGUCUUGCUCUUCGUGAUAUUCAGUUGUUAGAGACGUAUGUGUUUUUGCAGCAUAUUACACUGGACAAUAAUUCACUGACCACUCUUCAAUCUUUGAGAGCCUUGAAAAAUCUUGUCUAUGUUUCUGCAAAAAACAAUCAACUGAGUGAGUCUAUAUUUAACGACCUUGAAGGCAGCGCACGGACGCUUGAAACACUAUGUCUUGAGGGCAAUGCACUGGAGUCACUGGAGGGACUCCAGAAUCUCAAAUACCUAACAAAUCUUUGUGUUUCGCAUAAUCACAUUUCAAGCUUGCGGUACGUAAACUUUGCCACUCUUUCCAGCUUGUUGAGACUAGAUGCCUCCUGGAAUGAAAUCAGCAUUGUGGAGGUCAAGGUGUUCGCAAUAAGUCGACUACUUCGUCAUAUCGAUUUAUCGCAUAAUAGUAUACGACACCUUCAUUUUAUGGCCUAUGUGACCACUAACCUCGAAACCUUGAUCUUUUCGAAUAACGAGCUGCCAUAUCUACCCCUUACUCUGGUGCAAUGUCAUGCCAUGGUAACACUAGACUUAUCUCAUAAUCAUUUAGAAAAUGUUGAGGAUUUUAUUGGAUUGUCCUCUCAAAAACUGUUGCGUCAUCUAUCAAUCGAAGGCAACCCUUUCCUUCAUUCGUCACGGCCAUUCGGCGGCAAGAAAUCUAACACAUUUUUCAACACUGGGGAUAGCACCGACUUUUCUACUACCGGAGGCGAUACAAAGAACCGUAUGGACGAUGCUAAGACGCUUAGGCAAUUCUUGAGCCAUUCGGAGAUCACCUAUGAAGAUGGCGACGGCCCUAUCAAUGAUAACCACCAGGAAUUACCCAAUCCCUUCGCGGGGGAUUCCCUUACAGUCAGAAGAAGCGCGUGUGGGCCAUCCAGAAAGGCUACACCCGCACAUAACUUCGCCGAUCUUACUGCAUCCUACGCGUAUGGCCUGGUACGUCAUGCUCUUGUCUCAUGCCGGGUAACGCCAACCCUUUACGAGAUAGAUCCAACUAGCGAGUUGUUCACUUUUCCUUAUGAUCGGCAAGUUAGCUUGUAUCUGAUUUCGAUCCUCCCUCAGUUGGCAACACUCGAUCGCAACAUCAUCACUGAUGAUGAUGUAUCUCGUGCCAUGAUUUAUUUUAGACCAGCCACUUAUGUUCAUCCUUGUGAAGAGGAUUUAGAUGACAGAAAUAAUCCAAAAGAGGUAGGUUGUUAG